GGUAAAUGAAGGUACAGAGUCCCCAUACACAGAAUGCAACUCAUCUUUGAUUUGCGUAGGCGUAUUACCUUUCAAAAACAAAUAUUUAAUGUCAGCUCGAUACUCGAUUUUGUCCACUUUCAAAAAAACACUCACAUCAACUCACUCAAACCACUGUUACAUAACAACUGCCCGUCCAAAAUGGCAGAACCUUUGGUGAGUAACUGUCAACAGAUGAACAACGAAAUUCACUAGCUUUUAUUUACGAGUCGGAAACUACUGAUACCACCCUCGUACAUAAGCAAUGUAUAAUGUAUGCAUGAACUUCAGAUAACUAUUCG